UUUUGGUGGGGAGGACUUUCCUGUUUCCGCCUGUCAGCCGUGGAGAUCAGAGACGCCUACCUGCCAUCGUCGUUGUGUUUAUGGUAGCUGGUUCUUUGCUAAAUUGUAUUCUGUGCAAAUAUCUUGUGAAACGCGUGCAAAGUCACGCCAAUCAGCAGCUUAUUACAUGGUUUAAACAGAAGUUAGUCCAGAAAGUAUAAAGUUGAAAACGUCAAAAUGGCUUGGCGUUUCAAAGCAUCCAAAUAUAAAAAUGCAGCUCCAAUUGUUCCUAAACCAGAGGCCUGCAUUAGAGACAUCUCAGUUGGCUCAUAUCAAACUUACGGCAAUAAUAUUGCAGCAUCUGCUGCAUUUAUGGCAUUUAAUGUAGAUCAUAAUGGAUCUAAUCUUGCUGUGUUACCACUGGAGGAUUGUGGUAGAAAAAGUAAAACUAUGCCAUUACUUCAUGCUCAUGCAGAUACAGUAACAGAUAUGGAUUUUUCUCCAUUUCAUGAUGGUUUAUUAGCAACUGGUUCACAAGAUUGUCUUGUCAAGUUGUGGCAUAUUCCAGAAGCUGGCUUGGAAGAACCUCUAUGUAAUCCUGAAUGUACAUUCUCCCACCGUCAAAGAAGAGUAGAGGUGGUGUGUUGGCACCCUUCUGCUGAACACCUUUUAACAACAGUAUCAUAUACAAACCUGUCUUUAUGGGAUGUGAUUUCACAACAAGAACUAUUUUCCAACAAUGAACAUACAGAUGUAAUUCAGUCUUUAAGUUGGAAGCAAGAUGGUGUGAUCUUAGCUACAUCCUGCAAAGACAAACAAUUAAGAAUAAUAGAUGCUCGUGCUUCUACUUGCAUCGUCAAUUCUUGUUCCAGUCAUCAAAGUAUCAAAGAUUCUAGAUGUGUUUGGCUAAAUAAUAGUGACAGAAUACUUACUACUGGAUUUGAUGCAGCUAGAUUAAGACAGGUUUAUAUAAGAGAUUUGAGGCAUCUAAAUGAACCAGUAAAAAUGUUAGAAUUGGAUUGUAGCACAGGGAUUCUAAUGCCUCUGUUUGAUCCUGAUACAAACAUGCUUUUCCUGGCUGGAAAAGGAGAUACUACUAUUAUGUACAUGGAAGUUAUGGAUAAAGAUCCAUUUCUAGUUGAAGGCAUACGUCACAGUGGAGAGCAAACAAAAGGAGUAUGUUUGGUACCAAAACGAGCAUUAAAUGUGAUGCAAGCUGAAGUUAAUAGAUUACUACAACUUACCUCUAAUAUGGUGAUACCUAUUAUGUAUCAAGUUCCACGAAAAACAUACAGAGAUUUCCAUGCAGAUAUAUACCCAGAUACAGUAGGGUGUAUUGCACAAAAUAAUGCAGCGGCCUGGAUUAAAGGACACAAUAUGCCUGUUCCAAAAAUAUCCUUAGAUCCUGCUAAAAGAAAUAAAGGGGAGGAACCCAUUGCUGUACAUAAGGGAAACUUAGCGACGCUCAAAGAAAAUGAACGAGAAAUAAAAGUGGAGCAGAAGCAAUCGACCAAACCUACCACCGUCACCACGCCGAAAACUUACACAAAGACACAAGAGGUGAUCGAAAAAGAGCCAGUGCCCGAGAACGAUAUCGAAAAGUUAGAAGAUAUGAAGAAAAUCGAGGUCGAAGAUGACAAAAAUAAAGUGCAGAACGGAGGGCAAGUGAUUCCACCGAAGCCUCUGCCAAGAUCGUCGAGAACUAAUAGCAUUUCCGAGGAUGAACCGAAGCCAGUCGCACGUCCUCGUACAUCGCCAAGCGUGGGUUCAGUAGUUACAUCCGUGAACCCUAAUGCGAUUGGGGGAUAUAAGCCGCGACUUGGACCAAAACCAUUUCAAGCAAAGUCUGGCAGUCAAGAAUUUUCAUUCGACAAGAUAUUUUCGGUCCCUGUUGCACCGAAUAGUGAUACUAAUGGCUACCAAAAUGACCUGAACAAUCAAAUAGAGAACAAUAUAGAACCAGAGAAAUCGCCGUCAUUUAAUAAUGAGCGUAUGAAAGAAGCGGAAAAUGGAAAAAGCGAUUCUAGUUCUUUGGAGGAGGAUGCUAAUUCAAGUGAUUCUGGUUAUAAACCGAAAACGCCGAGCACUGCGGAAAGACGCAAAGUAUUUGAGAUAAAAGUCAAAGAUGACUCACCUGAAAGCGAGGAUCUUGGAAAUUUUGAACGGGGCAAUGCAAAUAGAAAUUCUAUAGCUGAGAGAAGAAGGCUUUAUGAGAGUCGUUCUGUGUCUGUAACUGAUGGAAACUUAGCCGAGAAAGCAAUGGGAUCGCCAACGAUGUUGAGGCGCAGAGAUUCGUUUAAAACUAAAAGUGAAGUAAUUAAAGAAGACGAAGUUAAGAAAGUUAUCUCGAUGUUGCGUCAACAGAGCAUGGAUCCUCGCUUGGAAAAAGUGGAUAAUUCUGUGACGCCAACACCUAAGAGAACAUCAACUGUAUUUGGUAGGGUAUCGAAAUUUCGACAUCUGAAAGGUACACCUGGUCAUAAAUCUACGCAUAUUGAAAAUAUAAGAAACAUUAGUCGUCAAAUAUCUGGAGAAUGCGAUGGUUUUCAUGCCAACCCUGAUCGUGUUGCGGUGCCACUUAGCGGACCAGGUGGUAAAAUAGCAGUCCUUGAAUUGAAGAAAACUGGAAGGCUACCAGAUGGUGUAAUGCCAGCAUUAGUACAUGGUGCCACUGUAAUGGAUUUCCAAUGGAAUCCAUUCGAUAAUCAACGAUUAGCUGUCGCAUGUGAUGAUGGAAUGAUCCGGUUAUGGGAAAUACCAGAAUCCGGAUUAGCAGAGCCAACAAACGAACCAAAACACACCAUAAAGGCUCAUACCGAUAAAAUAUAUUUAAUCAAAUUUCAUCCAUUGGCAUCAGAUAUUUUGGCAUCGGCAUCUUACGAUAUGACCGUGAAAAUUUGGGAUCUGACACUUUUAUCAUCUUGCGAAACGGCUGUUGCGAAGAUUACUCUGAUGGGACAUACAGAUCAAAUUUUCAGUUUAGCGUGGUCACCAUGCGGUCAGUAUCUCGCGAGUACGUGCAAAGAUGGAAAGUUGCGAGUUUAUAAACCAAGAUCUAGCGAUGUGCCAGUUAAGAUUGGCAAAGGACCUGUUGGUACCAGAGGCGCACGAGUUGUGUGGGCAUUGAAAGGACAAUUUCUCGUUGUACUGGGUUUUGACAAAGUUUCAGAAAGACAAAUAUAUGUGUUUAAAACGGACAAUCUUAAUACUCCAUUAACUACAGUCGGAUUAGAUGUUUCGCCUGCAAUUUUGAUGCCAUAUUACGACGAAGACAGUUCAACGCUCUUUUUAACAGGACGUGGUGAUUCUACAAUAUAUGCUUUUGAAGUAACAGAAGAACCACCAUAUUGUUGUCCACUUAGCCAUCAUCGAUGCAGCAGUUUGCAUCAGGGUUUAUCGUUUCUUCCUAAGAAUAAAUGCGAUGUUGCUAGUGUAGAAUUUGCAUCGGCUUUAAGAUUAACAAAUAACACGAUAGAACCUCUAAGUUUCACCGUUCCACGUAUAAAGAGUGAACUUUUCCAAGAUGAUUUAUUCCCACCAACAAAAGUUACGUGGAAGCCAACUAUGACUGCUACUGAAUGGUUUAAUGGAGCUAACAAACAAGCGUAUAGAAUAAGCCUAAAACCACCUGGCAUGGACAAUUUAACUGAAAAUCAAGGCCAAGGUGUAGUUACCGCCCCAGUUGUGGCGAAACAGCAAUCAGCCACUCCAUUUUCUGUAUCUGCCCAACCUUUCAACAGACUGGGAUGGAAUCCCGACGUAAAAGCUAAACAAGAGGAAAUCCAGAAAACUAUGAGCAACUUUGUGGGCGAUGUAAUACAGUGCUCUUUGGAACAGGAUCACAUGGAAGGUGUAGAGGAGCACGAAUGGGAUGAGUGAAGAUUGUGCGACAUCGGUAGGUCAUUAAAAUAAAACGGUAAGAUAAAAUAAAUUUAUAUGUAGCUGUUCGAAACGUAAUUUAUUUAUAAGUUAAAAAUCACAGCAUGAGGGGAAGUAUUUCGAUAUUAGCAUCGUACAUGUUGAGAAAUAUUUAUAAAUGGAAUGAUAUUUUCAACAUAAAUUUUUGUUCAGGAAAGUUAACAAUACGUGUGCGAUUUUCUUCAAUUGUGGUAAUAUUUUAAUAUAGGUAUAAUUACCUAGGUUAUUGUACGAAUUUUAUUUAAAAGAAACGGAGGACUGGACAUUAAAGUAUUUCCAACUUCGCGUUAAAAUUCUCAUAACAUAUUCUAUAUAGUUCAGUGAAGAAGUCCUUGUAAAAAAUGCGAUUGCAGUCCUUGUUAUAAAUGAUUUCUAUUAACUGCCAUUUGAUUCAUUUGAUAUUAAGGAUAACCACAUAGGAUAAUUAACAGUAAGAGCUGUACUAGAAAUUUAGAUUUACAGAUAUCUACCAGAAUUUGACAAUAGUUUCGAUUAUAUGUUUAUGAUUUUGAGAUCACAUACUAUUUCAAAGUGUGUUUUUAGCACUGAGUGAAAACGAAUCUACUGAAUAAUUUUAUUGUGUUAUUUAUAAGAUUUGAGAAUACUCUAAAUUAAAAAUAUAGAAGACUUUUUAGUGUAUUAAUUAGAAAUGGGCAUUGCUUGAAUGGAUAUCCUUGUAAUUGCAUUUAAAUCGGAAAUUAACUAACAAUUUCUUUGAAAAAUUAUUAAAUAUUUUUUAAAACCAAACGUCUGAUCAAUAUAUUAUUUUUAAAAAGUAAUGUUUCUUUCUGUAAACAAUUUGUUAUUAAUCAAGCACUGCUCCUUUCUAUUGCUAAAUAAAACAGUAUGUAAUGAUCCAUAAAAUAAUUAGUCUCAAAAGAAUGACAUAUGAUUUAUAUAAUAUUGUAUACCUAUUAAUGCCACGUACCUUUCUUUAUUUAACAUUAUCAAUGAUACUCUCAGUGUAUACAUUACUGUAAUCAUAAUCAUCAUACGUGUGAUACUAGCGAACGAUACUUUUUUCAUGAAUCAAGAAUAGAAAUUUCUAUUACAAUACAUCACGCACAUGAAUGAAAAAGUUACACGUACUAAGUUAUAAGUCGACAAUUAUGUUAUACGGCGAAGUAUACACACAAUAAGUAGUUGUACGUUCAGCGUUUUUCUGGAUCUUAAGCGGUUAACAACCAUGUCGAAUAUAAUGAAUAAACCAAAUUUUAUACUCUUUCAAUUGCGCCAAAGUAUUUGUAAAAAAUAUCGAAAAUCCACCAAAAUGUAUCAUAGCGCGAAAUUAUUCUUUCAAUUCAUUGUGCAUUUAUGAUUAGAAUGUCGAAGCGUGAAUUCCAUAUUUAUCGGUAGUCAGGAAAUAAGAAUGUUUUUAGAUUGCAAGUAGUAUAAAGAUGCCUAUUUUGUCUAUGCAAUAUACACUGAAUUCAUACUGUUUAAUGGUCUAAUAGAAAUUAAGAAUGAUAGAAUGAUUUACCAUUUCUAUAAACUGUAUUCAUUUACAAUUUUAUACGAAUGUAUCCUAUUCCAUUUAGAUAGACCAUUUUUUAUACAAUAUUGGGUUGUAACAUAGGUAAAUUCGGUUAAACCCAGUAUUUUUCUUUAUUUGAUUGAACUUACUUAUAUUACAACCCAAUAAAAUAGUCUAAUCAUAUGUAACGAUAGUUUCUUGUAACUAUUAAGAAUGUAAUGGCGUUCCUAUUCCUGUGAUUGAAAGCAGUUUUGUAUAAACAAAGAUCCCUCCAUUUUAGUAUAUCGAUUUUCAAAUACGUCUACAAGCAAACAUGGAAUUUACGCUUCCAUGCGAGAAUCACGCACAUUUUAUACUUUUAUAUUUCAGCAUCGGUAACUUAAUAAUCAUAUGUAAAAAAGAGAUUAAUCAUGGGUGCUAUGCCGUUUCAACAAACCUUAGCUUGUAGUCGCCAGAAUAAUGAAAGUACGACAAAUCAUACAAUUUGUUUUUUUAUGAUUGCUUAAUUUGCUCAACAAUCCAAAAUAACACAUUCCAGUAUUGUAUUUUGACAUAGAAAAGGCACAGAAUCAUCAAUCGUAAGAAAUUGAAAAGGUGCCAAAAGUUUCAUGCAACAAUUGAAAGAAGAAAAAGUUCAUGAAUUAAGUUUCUUAUACAACGGAUUGAACGUCUUUAAGUAUUUAAGAAAAUUGCAUAUAUUUUUCUCUACAUUUCUCACACACAUUUUUAUACCAUUUGUUAGAAACAUAAAAGUUCCCUUGAUAAAUCAGAGAUAACAAAACUUUUGUAAGCAUCAAGAGUGAAAAAAAAGUAGAACAGAGAGGAACAAGGUAAUACUUCGCUAUGAAAAGAAAAAAAAUAUAACUCCCAUUUGCAUCGUCCGCAUUGUAGUUCACAUUUGUAUGUCUAAAUAAUUAUCCGUCAGAUAUUCUAGAACUGAGAAACAUCAUUGUUGCAUAUUUUAUUACCCUCACUUUUUUAUAUUAUUGUAUUUUUUAGUAGGUUUAUAUAUAAGCAGAUCAAAAGCCAUAUAUAUAAAAAGUAUUAUGUAAAAAUGAUAUCUGAAAAUGUUAUUAUUAUAAGUUGCACAAUAAUUCCUUUUUACCUCUAUUUUUAAAUUUUGUUCCAUUAUGCCCUUGAAUGAAACUAUGGAUUCUAACAGAAUUAAAAGGAUGUAAAUGGAAAAGAUGAUUAUAAAACAGAUAAAAAUUGUUUCUAACUUAUAAUGCUUCUCAAGAAUACUAUCUCAUGUGCAACUCUUUCAUGCCGUGAAUUUUUUUUUGUUAUGAACAGUAGAUUUAUAAUCAUUCUCAAUAAUUAAUGCGAUCUUUCGUAAGCCGCGAUUUGAAAAUCUUGUUCCGAAGAAAUUAUUUCGAUUGCAACAAGAAGUUUCUUAGUACUCAAUAUUGCGCUAUGACUGAUCGCUAAGUAAUUUUAUCAUGUAGUGACAUACCUUUGUAUCGACCUUAUACCUCUUACAUGUAUUUCACUUAUAAAAUCUUUUUAUCAAAAAUAUA